AUGGCCCUGCACACCUCUCCCUCGAAACCCACCUCGACGACAACCACACCACAUCAACCGCCGCACCAAUCACUUUCCUCACCACAAGCCCAACAACAUCCGCCAACCUCCGUACUCGCCUCUCCUUCCUCCCGGACAUACGCGCACAUCCACCCGCUUCUCCUGCUGUGUCUCUUUACCUGGCGCUUCCGCGCCCUCGUUGAGGAUCCCGUGUCCACACUGCUUAGCAUGUUGCCAUUGCUGGCGCUGUUACAGGGGGUUUAUGCGGUAGUAUGCUUGCCUGCUGCUGCCGGUGGCGGUAGUGGCAGUGGAGAAGGGGGCCUAGGGAAAGGGAGGAGCGGCAGGGGUACUAGUGGGGGGAAGAUUGGGGCGCGCAAACGAAUACAUGGGGACGGAGAGAGGGGAAAGAUUAUCCCGGCCCUCCUCUCCCUAACCCUCCCGCUCUUCUUGGGCACCCCGCUGUUUUCUCUCAUUCUCAUUCUCUUCGGUGCGCCAUUCACGACUCACAUCCCCCACACUAUCCUCUGCGCUGCGCACAUGUCCCUCCUCGCAGGCACGAGUCUGGUAUACAUGCACGGCACGGACGGCAUAGUCUGGCGGGAGAUAUGGGGUCUAUCACGUGGUACAGAUGCUGUCUGGGGAGGAACUGUUGGUGUUGGAUUGGGCGCGUGGUUUGGUGCCGUGCCAAUCCCGCUGGAUUGGGACCGGCCAUGGCAAGCAUACCCUAUCACGAUUAUUACGGGAGCGUAUGUUGGUUACGUUUUGGGGAGUGCGGUCGGUCGCACGCCCUUGCUGUAUGGGAAGAGAAUUCGGUUUGCUACGUCUGAAGAUGAAGAAGAAGAGGAUGGAGAUGUUUCUACCAGUGAAACUUACGGCGAUGGAAGUGCUGGUUCUGUUGUUUCGAAAUCCGAAAAAAGAUGA